AUGCAAGUAUUUAAUUAAGAUCAAAAUGAGCAAUGCUUGAUUUGUUUCGAAACUUUAAGUCAACCUUUCCAAUUUACAGACUGUUAACAUGCGUUUUGCUAAGUUUGUGCAAAGGAUUACUUUGAAUAAAGAAUUGAUGAAAAAUUAAUAGAUGAAUUUACAUGUCCUCUUUGUUAAAAAAGCACAGAUGUCAAGUAAGUUUUAGAAAUUAUUGAUCAAUUGCAUUAAGAAAGAUAUAAUGAAUAGAAAAAUGAAAAAUUCUAAUUUUAAUAACAAAGAAGGGAUAUGAUAAAGUUUUAUGUUAAUAAUAAAAAAAUCCUUAAUCUUUGUAGAUGUCCUUGGUGUGAGCAAAUAUUUCAUAGAGCAGAAAGUGGAUGUAAUUACAUAAGAUGUCAUUCACUUGAAUGCUAAGGAAAAAAUACAUUUUGUGCGUAAUGUGAUGUUGCUUUGACUGAUUUAGAUCACGAAAAACAUUAUGAAAAUAAUAACCCCUUCAAAGGGAAAUGUCGAAUAUUAAGAAAUGGUGUCUGGGUAGAUAGAUCAACCGUAUAUAACUGA